AAAGACUUUAUAACUAACUACAAGCCUCCAUAUUUCAACUCGAGCAGUGUAAACCUCUUUCAUGGCUUCCACAAUGGAGCAAUCUCCAUACACAAACUUUCAACGACGAGAGGAACCUGAGUUCAAUUUAAGAGAAUGGGAAUUCAGGGCUCAAAUCAGCCGCGAAAACACGAGAUCAAGAAGGUUUUCAGGAUCAAAUAUCAGAAGUUUUAGAGAAGAUGCAAGGUCUUUUAGAUCAAGCAUUACUAUUUCUAGCACUGCCUCAUCUCCUGGCUACUCCAUAAGAGAAGAGAUUGACCCCUCAACAUACUCAUUCACCACAGCUCUUAAAGCAUUGCAAGCAAGGUCAGGAUAUUAUAACAGUUGGGAAUGCUCAUCACCAGAUGGAUUUGCUUUACAUUCCAAAUGGAAUGAAGCAGAGAAAUAUAUAUGCAACCCGCUUUCAGGAGAGGUACCGAUGGAGUGUUUAUCAGCUAAAACACUAAGUGGAAGAUCAUUUCGAAACUUAACAAACAGAAUCACAAUGUCUGCACCUCUUGUUUACUCUAAUCAUUCGCGGCAAAUCCAGACAAAGACUACUACUUCUAUUGCUACACAUGACGAUAUUGUCAAUCAUUUUCCAAUUAAAGAAGAUAAGAUGGAGGGCAUGCUGAGCACUAGAGAUGUCGGGACUCAAAGCACUCCCCCUGACGUCAGUUCAUCAAGUAGUCCUAGUCCAGCUUCAACGCCUUCGAUUAUAGAGAGAAAGAGAUGUGAAGUAGAAGGUGGAGACACACCUAAUUGUAAUUCAAAGCUGAAAGCUCAAGGACAGGUUCAGGUAAAGGAAACAAGAGGGAAAGAAGAAAGCACAGAAAAUGAGAGCACUGGAGAGGAAAGUCAGAACAGAAAGGAUGAGAAAAUGUGGAUGUGCAGCAUCAGGAAGCAAGGUGGAUGCUUAUCAUGGAUGAGAAAAAGGCAGAGGGAGAGACACAAACCAAGAAACAGCAACAUUUUCUCUUUUAACGUGAAGAGUGCUGCUAAAAAGGAGAGCUAGAGAUGGUAAGAGAAUAUACACUGGAACCAAGGGAUUUCUUUGAAGAGGUCUUGUCUAUGGGGGAGGGAGGCUUAACUGAGGGCAACCAUGAAUGGACAGAAAUGAAAGACAGUGUCUUAUGUUGGUUGCGUUUUUUCCUUGGGUUUUUGUUGCAGGUAGUGAUGUUGUCUUUUAUUCCUUAGCUCUGAAAAUGGCUGACAGCUUUUGGGGUCACGUGCACUCCUUUGUUUAUUGCUUCAGAAUGGAUAGAUUCUUCUUUCUCUCCCAUGUAAAAUUCACCAACAAAUAAUUAAUGGGAAGGAUUUUAGAGUUC